CUCCUCCCAUUAACUUUAUCCUUUCUCUCUUUGAAAGCCUGUAAUUUCCCUUCGCUUUUUUUCCUCUGCUAAGCUAUUCUUCGAACACUUGGCAGGCUCAAUCAUUGGCAUCCCAUGCAGGCCAUUUUUCCCGGCGAUGCUCCGGCGUGGAACCUAUCCAGCGCCGGGUAGCCGUUUCCUAGAUUAACCAGCACUGGAGGAGCGAAAACAGAAGAAUCGAAACCAGAAAAGGUCUGGGUUUGUCUUUUCUUGACUAUUUCUUCUCCGGCGUAGACAAUGGCGGAGGAAGACCGGGUGAGCAAGCGGUACGAGAGCCUGGUUGGGAUUCGUAAGAAGGCGGUUAAAGGGAAAGGGGCUUGGUACUGGGCUCACCUUGAGCCAAUUCUGAUUCGAAACCCGGAAACCAACCUCCCCAAAUCCGUGAAGCUCAAGUGCAACCUCUGCGACACCGCCUUCUCCGCUUCCAACCCGUCUCGCACCGCCACGGAGCAUCUCAAGAGCGGGACCUGCCCGAAUUCCACCUCCGUGAUGAGACCCGUUUCUCAAUUGCCCCCUUUAUCUUCCCCCACCUCGCAGAACCACCGGAAACGGAGCUCCAAGCAAGCUCCGGCGGCGGCCAUGGCUUCUUCCAGCUCCUGCCCUGUUGUCGGGUUUCUCGACUGCCCACAACCCCACACUCCCAAUCUCGUCUUGUCCGGCGGGAAAGAAGAUUUGGGCGCCUUAGCAAUGCUCGAAGACAGCGUGAAGAAGCUGAAAAGCCCGAAGCUUUCCCCCGGCCCGUCCCUGAAAAAGGACCAAAUCGAUUCAGCUUUCAAUCUUCUUUCCGAAUGGUUCUACGAAUCUUGCGGCUCCGUCUCCUUUUCCAGUCUCGAGCAUCCCAAGUUCAAAGCUUUCUUGAACCAGGUAGGAUUGCCCCCGGUGUCCAAGAAGCAAUUUUCCGGCCCGAUUCUCGACUCGAAAUUCGAACAAGCAAGAAUGGUAUCCGAAGCCAGAAUCAAAGAUGCCCCAUUUUUCCAAAUCGCUUCGGACGGAUGGAAAAAAGACAGCUUUGGCUACGGAGAAGACAGUGUGAUUAAGUUCACCGUCAACCUCCCCAACGGCUCACGUGUCUUCCACAAGGCGGUUUUCAAAGGCGGCGCGGUUCCUUCUCAGUACGCCGAGGAAGUUUUCUGGGAGACGGUCGAAGGGAUAUGCGGCGGCGGCGGGGGUGGGCAGAGCAACAACAAUGUCGUCACCAGAUGUGUGGGGAUGGUUGCGGACAAGUAUAAAUCAAAGGCUUUGAGGAGUUUAGAGACGAAGAACAACUGGAUGGUGAAUCUCCCCUGUCUCUUCCAAGGGUUCUUGAGUCUGAUCAAAGAUUUCAGCAGGGAGCUCCCAUUGUUCAGAGCUGUGACUGAUAACUGCUUCAGGAUUGCUAAUCUUUUCAACAGGUUCAGGCCUCAUGGUGUUGUGGACCUCAAUGGGUUGAUUAGGGUUCCUUCUUCCCCUCACUGCAAUAUGUGUAAAAAUCUUGGGUCUUUUAUAUCUAUGUUGGAGGAUGUUAGGGGGAAUGCUAGGGUUCUUCAGAUGAUUUCCUUGGAGGACCCAUUUAGGGCAGUUUGCUUGGAGAAUCCUGUUGCUAGAGAUGUUGCAGACAUGGUUCAAGAUGUUGGGUUUUGGAAUCAGGUGGAAGGUGUUCAUUCUCUUGUGAAGAUCAUAAGGGAAAUGGCGAAAGAUGUCGAAGCCGAGAGGCCGUUGGUCGGGCACUGCCUCCCCCUGUGGCAGGCGUUGAGGUCGCGGAUCAAAGACUGGUCCGCGAAAUUCAACGUCGGGGACGAGCAGGUGGAGAAGAUAGUCGAGGGGCGUUUUCGGAAGAUUUAUCGCCCGGCGUGGGCCGCGGCGUUCGUGCUCGACCCGUUGUACUUGAUGCGGGACCCGCCGUCCGGGAAGUACCUCCCGCCCUUCAAGUGCCUGUCGCGGGAGCAGGAGAAGGACGUGGAGGCCCUCGUGGUGCGGCUCGUCCCGAAGGAGGACGGGCCCGCCGCGCUGGCGGAGCUGGCGAGGUGGCGGUCCGAAGGCCUGGACCCACUCUACGCCCGGGCGGUCCAGGUGAAGCAGCGGGACCCGGUGACGGGGAGAAUGAGGGCCGCAAACCCUCAGAGCAGCAGGGUAGUUUGGGAAACGUGUUUGAACGAGUUUCAGCCCCUGGGCCGGGUCGCGGGGAGGCUUCUGUUCCUCCACGCGACAUCGGGCGGGGUCAAGUGCAACUGGUCGUUCAUGCGGUUGGGGUGUCGGCAUUCGAGGGUGGGGUGGGACCGGGCCCAGAGAAUGAUCUUCAUUGCUGCUCAAGCCAAGCUUGAGAGAGGAGAUUUGGCAAGUGAGGAAGAGAAAGAUGCUCAAGUGUUUUGCUGCUGCUGCACUAGUGAGGAUGGUGAUCACCAUGAGUUGAUGGAUGAAGUUAUGUGUAGUUGAGUUUAGUAGUGAUUCUUUACAUGAUUUUGGAGAGAUCUUUUGUGUAGGAAAGUUGUGUGUGUGUUUUAUGACUAAUUCAUUUCAUUUAUGGUGGAAAUCACAUAUUAAUCUGCUUUGGCAUUUUAAAUGAAACAUUAUGUCUUAA